AUGCCCUCGGCCCUCCUUAACAAUGUCUCUCCACCCGCGAUACUCAAGGACAAGGGAAAGGACAGACCACGAGAGAUGCAAGAAACCGAAAAACACCAGAAGGAGCUGGCUAGAUGCCCGACCGACGACGACGACGACACGGUAGCGUCAAAAAGCAAGAAGCGUCAUAAACAAAGCUUCGACUAUAUAUGGCGGACCGGCGUGGCAGGUGGGCUGGCGGGGAGUGCGGCCAAAUCCUUAGUCGCCCCCCUCGACCGCGUCAAGAUCCUCUUCCAGGCCUCGAACCCCCAAUUUGCCAAAUACACCGGCAGCUGGUUCGGCGUCGUAACGGCCAUGAACGACAUCUACAAGGACGACGGUGCGCGUGGUCUCUUCCGGGGGCAUUCGGCGACCAUCCUCCGUAUCUUCCCCUACGCAGCUAUCAAGUUCCUAGCCUACGAACAGAUCCGCUCUGCCAUCAUCCCCUCCCCCGCUCAAGAAACGCCCCUCCGUAGACUCCUGUCUGGAUCCCUUGCAGGUGUCACAUCGGUGUUCUUCACAUACCCAUUGGAAGUGAUCCGAGUCCGACUAGCCUUCGAGACGAAGCGGGACUCACGCUCCUCACUAUCAAAUAUCUGUAAGCGCAUAUUCAACGAAGCCCCCCCACCAGCAAAACCCGUAUCGGGACCGGCCGUGGUAGGAGCGACUGCUGAGGCAGUACGCGCUGUGGCACCCCGUGCCGGGAUAGCAAAUUUUUACCGCGGGUUCAGCGCGACGAUCCUCGGCAUGUUACCAUACGCAGGCAUGUCCUUUCUCACCCACGAUACAGCCGGCGACGUGCUACGGUACCCUCUCCUAGCACCGUACACCACCCUUCCGAAACCUGCCAACUAUCCUCCCAAUAAACCCCCGCCCCUACGAUCCUGGGCCGAGCUUUUCGCAGGCGGAAUCGCAGGCCUCGUCUCCCAAACAUCAGCGUAUCCAUUAGAAGUCAUAAGAAGACGGAUGCAGGUAGGAGGCGCAGUCGGGAACGGGCAUCGUCUCAGUAUCCGGGAGACGGCGAAGAUGAUCUUCAGAGAGAGGGGCGUCAUGGGGUUCUGGGUCGGAUUGAGCAUUGGGUAUGUAAAGGUUGUGCCGAUGGUGGCCGUCAGCUUUUACGUUUAUGAGAGGGGGAAGACGUGGUUGGGGAUCUGA